AUGCCUAUCGCACAGCCCGAAGUUACCUGGGCUCAGCGCUCCUCAGCCGAUGAUGCCGAGCGCAACUACCUCUACGUGAGCAUCAAGGCCGCCGAAGUUCCUAAGGAGAAGGCCGACCUCAAGCUCACCCCCACCUCCGUCUCCUUCACUGGUGAUUCCCGCAAGGGUGUCACAUACCAGGCCGCCCUGGAGUUCUAUGCCGAGAUCGACCCUGAGAACAGCAAAGUGAACCACACCGACCGUGGUGUUGAGAUGGUGCUGCGCAAGAAGGAGCUGAAGGAGGAGUUCUGGCCCCGUCUCCUGAAGGAGAGCAAGAAGGUUCACUACUUGAAGACCGACUUCGACAAGUGGGUCGAUGAGGAUGAGCAGGACGAGGCUCCCGAAGAUGAUUACGCUAACAACUUCGGUGGAUUUGGUGGCGAGGGCGGCGGUGAGGGCGGUGGUCUGAGCAACAUUGACUUCUCCAAGCUCGGCGGCAUGGGCGGCAUGGGUGGUGAGGGCAUGCCCGACCUGAGUGCCUUGGCUGGCGGUGCCGGUGGCAUGCCCGACCUCAGUGCCCUGAGCGGUGCUGGUGGUUUCCCUGGCGCUCAGGGUGGUGAGGACGAGGACGAAGAUGAUGAGCUUCCCGAGCUUGAGGAGGAGAAGUCCUCCAAGAUCCAGGAGGUUUCUUAA